AUGGGUCAUCCUGGGAUUCAGACAUGGCCGUGGAUGCUAUGUGCCCUCCUAAGUUGGGUGCAUGUGGGUCAAGCGAGUUCAGGACCGCAUUACAUGGUAGUCAUUCCUUCAGUUCUUGAAGCUGGAGCUGACACCCAAUUCUGCGCAAGUCUCCUGCAGCCCAAUGAAACUUUGCUCAUGACUGUCACUCUGACCUCGCAAGCAGAAAACAGAACCCUGCUCACGGAGGAAGCUGACACAGAUGUUCACACCUGUGUUAAAUUUAAGGUUCCUAUGGUGCAGAAUGAAGAGGUGCGGAAUUUGGAGGUAGAGGUUCAUGGCAAGAUGUUUCAUUCAAAAGAAAUGAAGAAGGUCAUGAUCAGAGCCUAUAGACCCAUGACCUUUAUCCAGACGGAUAAACCAAUAUACCUCCCAGGACAAACAGUCCACUUCAGAGUAGUUUCAGUGGACACCAAGUUCAGACCUGCCAAUCAGUUGUACAAAAUCAUUGAAAUUAAGGACCCUUACAGAAACCGGAUUGGACAGUGGCUGAACACCUCAUCCGAUGGUAAAAUAGUGCAGCUCUCUUAUUCCUUGAUCUCUGAGGCCCCUGAGGGAGACUACCAAGUUAUUGUUUCGAUUGCUGAAGAAAAAAUACAUCAUAGUUUCAUGGUUGAGGAAUAUGUUUUGCCCAAAUUUGGUGUAAAGGUCCAGGCACCUGAAGAAAUAAGCAUUGUGCAGGAGGAAAUCCAAGCUGAAAUAUGUGGAAAGUAUACAUAUGGACUGCCUGUGCCAGCCAAAGCUCAUAUUGAGGUGGUCCGGCCUGUUCGUUAUCAAGGUUCGAUUCUGAUUUCUACCCCUAAAGAACCAGAGGCAGCCUAUGAAAUAAGUGUCCCUUACUAUGAAGAGACAAAACAGACAGAGAAGACUGGCUGUGCUACUUUUACCUUCAACAUGUCAGCUUUCACAAAACUUGACCAAAAGGUGCUGACAGAUAGACUGUACCUUUAUGCCAAAGUGGAAGAGGAGGGGACAGGUAUUACAUAUGCACAUAAACGGCUAAGAAUAGAACUUUCUUAUAUCGUUGGAAAACUAUCCUUUAUUGACACCCCCAAGCGAUAUGAACAAGGAUCAGUUGUGGAAGGAAAAGUUAAAGCGGUUUACUUCAAUGAAACCCCCAUUCCUGACUAUUCAGUCUACCUGUUUGAGGGUAACAGGUGGUCAGAACGUCACUUACAAAACCUCACGACUGACAGAAAUGGUGUUGCCUCUUUCUCACUGAAUACAUCUGACUUCAGAGGGGACAUCACACUACGAGUAAGUAAAACAUCAAAACUGGACUACCGUGGAUAUAGGACUCCAUACUAUAAGUCAGGGACACACACCCUGUCAUUGGUCCAGGCCUCUACAUCAGUCAGCUCCCUGGAGGUGAAGAGAAACGACGAGAGACCACUUCCUUGUGACAAAAAAGAGCCAAUCUCUAUCAAGUACACUAUAGCUAGAGAGACGCCAGGCUCUGUGGAUGUGAUUUAUUUGAUCUUAUCUAGAGGUGUCAUUGUCAAGCAAGGACACGUGAAAGUUGAAGUGCAAGAUGGUCCAGUGACUUCUGGUGAGGUCUCCUUUGAGGUCGAAGUGUCUCCAGACAUGGCACCACUGGUCCAGGUUGUUGCAUAUGCUGUUCUUCCCAGUGAGACUGUGAUUGCCCACAGCGCUGACUUCUCAACCGAGAAAUGCUUCAAUAACAAGGUGUCGUUGGAGUUUAAUCCAUCCUCAGCUGUCCCGGGAGAGGAAAACUUCCUACAACUGUCGGCCAAGCCACACUCUCUGUGUGGCAUCAGUGCUGUCGACCAGAGCGUCCUCAUCAAGGAGCCAGGGAAGAAGCUGGAUGCAAACCAGAUGUUUGAUUUGCUGCCUGUGACGCAUUUGUCCGGUUUUCCACACGAGAUUGAAGAUGUUACAUCAUGUUUGCCUCUGAGAGCAAAGAGAUACAUUCGUCCAAGACCUGACAGAGAUGACAAUGAUGCUUACACAGUUUUCCAGAAUUUGGGGAUGAAGAUGGCAACAAAUUUGGUUAUCAGAACACCUUCUUGUGUCACGUAUAAGGGAAGAGAAUAUUACUAUCGUGGCAAUGUGAAUCCUUAUAGACAUUACAGCGACUCAGGACCAGUUGCGCACAGAAUGCCUGAACAAGAAGUGUCGAUUGUUCUUAUUGGUAGUGAAUCUCCUCCACCGAUAGAAUCAGUCCGUGCUUUCUUCCCUGAGACUUGGAUUUGGGACCUUGUGGAUGUCGGAGAGACUGGAUCCAAGGAUGUGCCCCUCACUGUCCCGGACACCAUCACCACCUGGGAGACGGAGGCUUUCUGCUUGUCCCCUCAGGGUUUUGGUCUCGCUCCUCGUAAAGAGCUCACUGUCUUCCAGCCCUUCUUCCUCGAGCUCAGCCUGCCCUACUCCAUCAUCCGGGGGGAGCACUUUGAGCUCAAGGCAACCGUCUUCAACUACCUGUCCAGGUGCAUCAUGGUCACUGUGACCCCAGCCCCCUCUGUAGAAUACACGCUCACCCCCCUCUCUGGUGACAAGUACUCAUCCUGUCUGUGUGCCAGUGAACGCAAGACCGUCAGCUGGACGAUGGCACCCAGUGUCUUGGGGGCGGUGAAUGUGUCUGUGAGUGCUGAGGCUGUGACAUCUGAUGUUUCAUGUAACAAUGAGAUUGUGAGCGUACCAGAGAGAGGUCGCAUUGAUGUGGUCACACGCCCUCUCAUAGUAAAGCCUGAGGGAACUGAGGUCACAAAGGCCUACAACUGGUUGCUCUGUCCAAACGGAGAGACUUUGACAGCAGAGAGGGAUUUAGUCCUGCCUGAGAACAUCAUUCCUGAAUCUGCACAUGGUUCACUGUCAGUGUUGGGUGACAUCCUGGGCCGGGCCCUAAAUAACCUGGAUGGACUGCUGAGGAUGCCAUACGGAUGUGGGGAGCAGAACAUGGCACUCCUGGCCCCCAAUAUCUACGUCCUUGAAUACCUGGCAAACACAGAUCAAAUGACCAAAGCCAUAAAGGAAAAGUCAACUGGUUUCCUAAACAGCGGCUACCAGAGGCAGCUGAACUACAGGCAUUAUGAUGGUGCUUAUAGCACAUUUAGAGGAGGAUCAGGGAACACAUGGUUGACCGCUUUUGUGCUGAAAUCUUUUGUCAAGGCAAAGACUUUUGUCUAUAUUGACCCAGAAGUAAUUGAUCUGUCCAAGACUUGGUUGGAGGGUAAACAGCAAACCAACGGCAGUUUCCAACAAUUAGGAAAACUCUUUAACAACAGGAUGAAGGGUGGAGUGAAUGAUGAAGUGACUCUCAGUGCUUAUGUCACUGCUGCUUUGUUGGAGGCCAAUAUGUCAGUGUCUCAUUCAGGUAUGAAUAGAAGCUUGACUUUCCUCAACGAGUCCAUCAGUAGUUUGGACAACACUUACACUAGAGCUCUGCUGGCUUACGUCUUCACCCUGGCUGGGGACAUGAAGACUCGUGCUAUCCUGCUGGAGCAGCUAGACAAGGAUGCUGUACGCCAAGGGGGUUUCAUCCAUUGGACUCAGAAGGCCACAGAGACAUCUGCCUCUCUGUCUGUGGAGAUUAGCUCCUAUGUGCUGCUGGCCAAACUCAGUGCCUCCUCUACUACUCGUGAAGAACUGGGCUAUGCCUCUGGCAUCGUCAGGUGGCUGGCCAGACAGCAGAACUCCUAUGGAGGCUUCUCCUCUACACAGGACACAGUGGUGGCUCUUCAGGCUCUGGCUCUCUACUCUAGUCAGGUGUUCACUCCAGAAGGUUCAAGCUCAGUGUUAGCCCAGUCUCCCUCUGGCCAUCUGACGUUUGAAGUGGACCCAACCAACAAACUUCUCUACCAGGAGAAGUGGCUGAAGGAUGUGGCAGGAAAGUACCAGUUUGAGGUGAAGGGAACUGCAUGUGUGGCAGUGCAGUUGGCUCUUAAAUACAACAUCCCAGUUGUUACUGAUGACACCAGUUUCAGCAUCCAGAUUAAACCAGAAGCAGACUGCAGCAAAACAUCUCUGAGACCUAAAGUUAAUCUGACUCUGACGUCCCAAUAUAGUGGAAAAGAGUCUACGACAAACAUGGUGAUCCUGGAUAUCAAAGUACUCUCUGGAUUUGUCCCAACCCCAGAGUCUUUGAAUAAUCUCAAGCGUGCUCAUCUGGUAGAUCGUGUUGAACAAGAAAAAGACCACGUCCUGAUUUACUUGCAAGAGCUGUUGCCUGGAAAACCCACACACCACAGCUUAGAACUUGUGCAGGAGCUUCCGAUGCAGAACCUGAAGCCAGCGGUGGUCAAGAUCUAUGACUACUACCAGCCAAGCGACCAGGCUGAGACAGAAUACACCUACUCCUGUGCUGCAGCAUCUUGAAGAGGAACGACAGAUGUCACUGACUCCAACAAAAAUUCAGAAUAGAUCGGCAUGUUAUUAACAUGCCGAUGUGUACUUUGUUUUCCUCCACAUCCACUUUUGUGUAAAUGUAUGUUCACAUGUAGCAUACUUAUUAGACCUAUGCUUGAAUGUUAGAACAAUAGUGCAGUUCCUUCCGGUUUUUAAACUUUCUUUUAAUUUGAGUGUAUGUAAAAAGACCACUAGCUUGUUGUG